GCAGAGCCGCUUGCCAGUAUUAGCUCCACCUAAAAGAUUUUUAAAAACUUAAAAAAAAUAGUACUGAAGGCAUUGAAGAAUUAUGAAAAUCACAUUUUUCUUUGCUGCGUUGUUCUUACUGGAUCUCUUCGCUUGCUGUCAUGCUUAUCCACAGUAUCCCUUGCCUGACAUAGAAGAUGCAAAGUUCAUUGAAGACUGUGUGAGAGCUCACAACAGGUUUCGAGCCAAAGUGAAUCCACCAGCCAGCAAUAUGUUUCGCAUGUCCUGGGAUGCUGCUUUAGCUAAAACUGCCAAAGCCUGGGCAAAGAAGUGCAAGUUUAAGCACAAUAGCUACCUUAAAAUGCCAAGGAAGGUGCACCCUACUUUUACUCCUGUUGGAGAAAACAUCUGGACUGGCACAGCCACCAUCUUCUCUGUGGAUGCAGCCCUCAGUGGCUGGUUUAAUGAAGUCAGCAGCUAUGAUUUCAACAGCAACAGCUGUACUGAUAUGUGUGGUCACUACACCCAGGUUGUUUGGGCAGAGAGUUACAAAGUUGGCUGCGCAGUUCACUUCUGCAAUACAGUUGAAAAUUUUCCAGGACUCUUCAGAGCAGCACAUUUUGUUUGUGACUAUGGGCCAGCAGGGAAUUACCCGAGAAAACCAUAUAAAGCAGGACAACCAUGCAGUGGAUGCAGGAAUGAGAAGUGUGUAGACAGGCUCUGUGAAAAUACAGAACGUGAGAAGCUGAUAAAUUAUGCCUACUGGUAUCCAGACUGGGAUACACAGCCCCAGCCACCGCGGCCCCGUCCUCCCAGGCCUCCCGCGCCGCCGUAUAUCCCACCUGCUGAGCAUCCGCGUCCCUCCUGUGACCAGUACUGCCUUACUGUGUCAAUUUUAAGGCCACUGCUUUUGGUACUGAGUACUGGUGCUGUUCUUUUAGUACAACAGUGGUUUCCACACACUUUUUUUUAUGAGUGA